AUGGAUGAGGAGUACGAUGUCAUUGUCCUGGGCACAGGGCUCACUGAAUGUGUCCUCUCAGGCCUGCUCAGUGUCGAAGGCAAGAAGGUCCUGCACAUGGAUCGCAACGAUUAUUACGGCGCUGAAAGCGCCAGUCUCAACCUGACGCAGACCUUUGAAAAGUUCCGCAAGGGCGAGCAGCCACCCACGGGAUUGGGGAGGGACCGCGACUGGGCUAUUGACUUGGUCCCCAAGUUCCUCAUGGCAAACGGUGAACUCACAAACAUGCUUGUUCACACGGAUGUGACACGGUACCUUGAAUUCAAGCAAAUCUCUGGCUCGUACGUGUACCGUGAUGGCCGUAUUGCCAAAGUCCCAGCCACAGAGAUGGAAGCUGUGCGCUCUUCGCUCAUGGGCCUCUUCGAGAAGCGCCGCAUGAAGCGCUUCUUGGAGUUCAUUGGCGCAUACAAGGAAGAUGACGCAGCAACGCAUCAGAGCCUCAAUCUCGACCGCAACACAAUGACGGAAGUGUACUACAAGUUUGGCUUGGAGAAGGGAACGCAAGACUUUAUUGGACAUGCCAUGGCGCUGCAUCUUGACGAUGCCUACCUGAACCAGCCGGCACGAGAGACGUACAAGCGCAUCGUGCUCUACCUCAACUCUGUUGCACGUUACGGCAAGUCACCUUACCUUUACCCUCUCUACGGACUCGGUGAGCUGCCUCAAGGCUUUGCGCGGCUAUCUGCAAUCUAUGGCGGUACCUACAUGCUUGACAAGAAGAUUGAUGAGAUUGUGUAUGAAGGUGGCAAAGCUGUAGGUGUCAAGAGUGGUGGCGAAACGGCACGCGCCAAGAAGAUCAUUGGUGACCCUUCCUACUUUCCUGAAAAGGUGAAGAAGGUGGGUCGUGUAAUUCGAGCAACGUGUCUACUGACCCACCCUAUCCCCAACACAGAUGAUGUUGACUCUGUGCAAAUCAUCAUUCCACAAAACCAAAUUGGCCGGAAGCAUGAUAUCUACGUUGCACUGGUUAGUGCUACACACAAUGUCUGCGCUAAGGGUCACUACCUUGCUGUGGUCUCGACAAUGGUAGAGACGGACAACCCACAAGAAGAAAUCCGACCAGGACUCAAGCUACUUGGUCCCAUUUUGGACCAAUUCACCAAUAUUAGUGAUUUGUACGAGCCAACGACCAAAGGCGAGGACAAUGUCUUUGUGUCGCGCUCGUACGAUGCAACAUCGCACUUUGAGACCACGACGGAUGAUGUCAACAGGAUCUAUCAGGAGAUGGAGGGGAAGCCGUUGGUGCUUAAGCAGAGGCCAACACAAGCGGAAGAGGAAAAUUUUAAUGUCGCUCAGUGA